CAAAAACAUAAAUUAUUUCGCUUACGCACAGUACAUAACAAAAAAGGUUACCUUAUCGUUUUUCAGUUGAUACUUGAUGAAUAUUUUCAUGUUUAAAUCUUAACAUAUGUAGUUCGACUCGAAGAAUUGUUCCAACCACGUCAUCAACCAUCAACUUAGGAGCUCUUUCGAAUUCAUUAUGGCGGAAGACGUACCACCAGGUUGGGAAGUACGAUAUAGUCGGAGCAACGACGGUAAACCUUACUACUUGAAUCUGAAGACUAAACAGAGUCAGUGGGAGAAACCAACGUCACCGGCUUCAGAAAUGGCGCAAGCGUCUCAUCUACUUGUCAAGCACAGAGAGUCGAGAAGACCGGCAUCAUGGAAAGAAGACAAUAUAACCCGUACCAAAGAAGAAGCACUAGAAAUAUUAAAAGAACAUCGUCGUCGAAUUGUAUCUGGAGAAAUUUCCUUUGCUGAAUUAGCAUCUACAGAAAGUGACUGUAGCUCUGCAAAAAGAGGAGGCGACUUGGGACCAUUUGGAAGAGGACAGAUGCAGAAACCAUUUGAAGAUGCAACUUUUGCUUUGAAAGUUGGCGAAUUGAGUGAACCUGUAUUUACUGAUUCUGGAAUCCAUAUUAUUUUAAGAACUGCUUAAAUUUAGAAAAUUUAGUUUAGAUGUUGGUACAAGAAGUUGAAUAUCGAUUAUAUUAUUAUUUUUUAUAUAAGGGAAAGGGCGGUUUGUGGUCACAUCAGUCUUGACACUUUGAAUCUGAAAUAUUUUGUUGGCAAAAACAAAAUAAUGUGACAGGGAAAAUAAUUGAAACCGUUUAUUUAGUUAGUGUUAGAAAACUAAUCUCUAAAGCAGCUGAUGCAGGAUCUUUGAUUGUUUGAGAUUGUUUGAUAUUUGCCAUGUGUUCACACGACAGCAUUCUACCAAACUACUGCUCCUCCCACAGAUCAACAGGAGAUUAUCUCCAAUGUGUUCAUACGGUCUGGAACGAGAGCCGAGAUCUGCCAUAGUUCGAUUCAGUUUGGAACAGUGUCCCCAAAUAAUUAGUAGGAUAAAAAACAUGGCUGAAAACGAUGUUGGUGUCGUGCUUGUGUUCUUUCUUUACAUGACACGAUGCUUUUGAACUGGGAGAAAAAGAAGAAAGUCACGAUCGAGUUUGAGCAUGAGCAUGGAGGUAGAAAAGACAAGGAACUGGUGUUAUCAUUUAGAUACUAGUAUCUUGAAUAAACAGGAAACACGGCAGCUAAAAUGUGUUACAGCCUAUUCGCUUAAGUUAUUGUUAUUGUUCAACUGUUGUGAUAUGUGUGACAGUUGUCAGUCUAAACUACUAGGAACAUCCCGUGACCACUUCUAUGAUUUUUAUCUCUGGUAUCUUUAAAAAGUUUCUUCAAUUUUCAUUGGAUCUGUUCAGUCCUUCUUUCAAGUUUUUGUCGCAUAAUUUCGUACACCGUUUUUCUGUUUCCUGUUGCAUGACCUGCCAAUCUAUUGCAGUAUUUCUUUACGCUGCCAAAAUAAAUAUUAGUGCGCGUACCUCUUCGUCAAAUUGGAAAUUGCGUGAAGUUACCAACGAUGUUGUCUCCACCAUAAUUGAAAUGACGGGUUACUUGAAGAAGACGAUUGAGGGUGUGAUUUGGGCUUCGAUAGUUGGGCCCUGCGUAUACACAGUUGGGGCCAUGUCGGGUCUCAACCCUGAGGGUUUAUUGGAGCCGAACUUGGCACUAGUCGAAUGCAUAUACACGACCAUUUUUGCUGGCUCGAUCCGAAGGGCUCAAUAAAAUGCUGUCGUGUGAACAUAGCAAUUACUUGCAUGACUUUUUGAUUAUGAUUGUAAAGUCAAUGUUGUAUGGAUAGCUUGCACAAAACUUUCACAACAUGAAGUUGGAUAUGUAAGUGAAAUGCACCAUGAAAGUACCACUAUUUUGAAUAAGAUCUGUAGCCUAAUGAAAUUAGUAAUUUGGUCCAAAAUUAUCAAAGAAGUUGUAAAAAAAACUUUAAAAGGUUGAUGGGUAACAGCAUUGACUUCCUCUUUAAAGUUGUAUUUAAAAAAUUUUACCCUACAAGUAUCAGUUUAUCUGCAAAGAGCAGAUGAUUUCUGUAAUUAGGGCUGUCAGAUUUAUUGUUGGUUUCACUUCAUUGAAAGCCUCCAUGAAUAGCCAGAAUAAAUGGAAAAAUGUCAGCAGGCAAUGUUUUAACCAGACUGAUCGUAAUUUGUUUUUCUGACAAAAACAAUGCAUUUGUAAGUGUCACCAAUGCAAAUGCCUCUAUUGAAUGAACUUUUUAGGAUACUGUUGCCAGUGUUCUUCUUGGCAUUUCUAUUCAAAAUGUUUUUCAAAAGGUGUUUUUGGCAAAUGUCAAAAAAUUACCGACUCAUUCUUGCGUACAUUUCACCAAAUGCAUACGUAUUCCUGUACUUCCUGCUUGCGUCGCUGUUGACUUCGUAAAAUUUAUGUUCAUCUAACAAGAUUCUUGUUCAAUAUGCUAUUCUUAAUUGUGUUAUUAAAAAUAUCUUGCAUCAAA